GGUGCGUUUAAUCAAAAUUUCAGUCCAAACCCCUGCUCUGCAUCCAGUCGCAAUGCAUAUCUGAAACCAGAGCGACAGCGACGCCAUGGCUGCUCAAAAUAUCUGAACAGUCAGAACUACCACAACACAUAACACAAAACGAACGGAAAGAAAGAGAUGGUUAUAGCUCAGCUUCCAAGACUUUACCUUUCAGUCCUCACUAAGCCACCGCUAUCUCUCCCCACCCAUUUCACUGUCCUGCCAAAACACAGAUUUCUGUUUGCACCCAAAUCAACUCUCUCCACCGUUGAACCAAUACCCAUUUCUCCUGUCUCUGAACCCGAAACCCGGCUUUCAAUUUCACUUGAGAAGCUUUUUGUUCCACCAGAAACCCAAGUCAGUGUUGAUGACCCCAAUUUGAGUACCAGAAUUUUGAAGGGUUCUAAUAUCGUUUUGAGUAAAUACGCCAGAGAUGCUCAAGUGGUUCAAGCCGAGUUCAUCAAGAGUAGUGUGAGGAACGAGGACUGUCCCUCUGAUGGCUUGCCUGAAUUCGCUCUUGUUGGACGCUCAAAUGUUGGCAAAUCUUCGCUUCUUAAUUCACUUGUUCGAAGGAAACGCCUUGCUCUCACCUCCAAAAAACCAGGGAAGACACAAUGCAUCAAUCAUUUUAAGAUUAACGAUAACUGGUAUUUGGUGGAUUUACCUGGAUAUGGGUAUGCAGCUGCCCCACAGGAGCUUCGGAUGGAUUGGGAGAAAUUUACUAAAGACUAUUUCCUCAAUCGCUCAACUUUAGUCUCUGUAUUCCUUCUCAUAGAUGCUAGCAUCCCUGCAAAGACAAUUGAUCUUGAAUAUGCUAGUUGGCUGGGGCAGAAUCAGAUUCCCAUGACAUUAAUUUUCACCAAAUGUGACAAGCGCAAGAAGAAAAAGAACGGAGGAAAAAGUCCAGAAGAAAUUAUAAAUGAUUUUCAGGAGUUGAUACGUGGCUUCUUUCAGACAGCACCACCAUGGAUUAUGACAAGCAGUGUUACCAAUCAGGGUCGUGAUGAGAUACUUCUGCACAUGGCUCAACUGCGAAACUACUGGCUCAAACACUGAGGAAAAUUCUGCAGGACCUCCCCUUGUUUCUACUGUUGCAGAUUCUGACGAACUAUUCUUGUUUAGAACCAAUAUGUAUCCUGCUGGAGGCAGCAUAUGUUCAAUGAAGAAAUGCCAAAGAGAGUAAUAAGUUCGUAAAAUUGAGGAUGGCGCCACCGCAGUUUAUACAUGAAGAACAGUUUUCUUGGCAGAAUGCUGACUAUUUAGCUAUCUUAGAAAGGUGUUGUGUUAUUAGCACAAAAUGUUGUUCUUUUUGGCUGUCAAAAUGCAAACUGAUGCCUGAUUAUCAUUCUUGUUGAAUGUGUAAUGUAAAUUAAAAUAAGACAAAUUUUUAGGAUGGAUUUUCUUGGCAGAUUAA